AUGUCAGUGGCCGCUUACUGCAUAUUUUGCUAUAGACAAAUAGGAACCUCUGGUCCAGCCGCAAAAACACACCUACCGUGGAAUGAUAUCAGAAAAAUUGCAAAGGUAACUGGAUCGCUUAUACUAGGAGGUUUUGUAUUCAUUACAUAUGAAGUCCUGUCCUUAAAGAAGUUACUGCAAAUCGAUACUCAAGCUAUACAUCAAGAAAAACUUAAAUCCUAUGUAUACGUACGUACAACUUCUCUAAAUCCAAGUGAAUAUCAAGGGAUCACAUACCAAGCCAGAAAAGAAAUCCAUAAAGCAGUGAGGAAAAUUCUAGAAACAGAAGCUAAAAUUUUCCGGAGACCUUUUAAUGAACAAUUCAGUACAUUUGAUGGAGAAGAUCAUGAAUGUGCCUUAUGGCUUCUCUUAAAGAGAAGUCAGUCAGAAGACAAAGAGGUCCGACUGCAGGCUGUACAAGACCUGGCAAACAACAGUCACUGGCAUGAUUAUCAGUAUGGUACAGUUGCCCAAACCUGUGAUCAAAGGACUGCUGUAGGUUUGGCUCGAUCCAAAGAUAUCGACCUUCGCUUUUUCCUGCCUCCACCACCAUUGCCAAAAAUAAAGAAUGAUUAUCCCAUAGAAGAUGAACUUCGUUUGUUGUUAGUAUCUUUACCUCAGAGUGGUCUUGAUCCAUGUGUCCAGUACUUCACAUCUCUUGCUUUACGUGAAAGUAGUCAGACUCUCGCUGCACGAAGGGGAGGCUUAUGGUGUUUUGGAGGAAAUGGACUUCCAUAUUGUGAGACAUUGAGUAAAAUCCCUUCAGAGACAGUGGAACUCUUUUUCUUGCAAGCUUUAGUGCAGCAUUCUAAGGUUUCUUCUCACUGUGAUAAAAUUGAAGCUAAAGGAGGCCUUCAGCUACUACAGAGGAUAUACCAGCUACGUAAAGAUUCAGCAAAAAUACAAAGGAACAUAAUUCGCAUUAUUGGAAAUAUGGCUUUGGAUGAACAUCUUCAUUCAUCCAUAGUACGUGCAGGUUGGGUUUCUGUACUUGCUGAAGUAAUGAAAUCCCCACAUGUGAUUCAGUCUUCUCAUGCAUCCAGAGCUUUGGCUAAUCUAGACAGGGACACAGUGAAAGAAAAGUACCCAGAUGGUGUUUAUGUCUUACAUCCACAAUAUCGUAGCAGUCAGCCCAUCAGAGCAGACAUCCUUUUUGUUCAUGGUCUUUUGGGAGCAGCAUUUAAAACCUGGCGACAGCAAGACAUUGACCAGCGUUUAGAUAAAAAGGCUUCAGAAGGGGAAGAGGACUAUAGCCAGUGCUGGCCAAAGACAUGGCUGGCUUCAGACUGUCCUGCCCUUAGAAUCAUAUCUGUGGAAUAUGACACCCAUUUGAGUGACUGGAAAACUAAAUGUCCUGUUGAGGCUCACAGGAAGUCUAUUGCUUACAGGAGCAAUGAGCUUCUUGACAAGCUCAGAGCUGCUGGGAUUGGAGACAGACCUCUGGUGUGGGUAUCACAUAGCAUGGGUGGUCUUCUAGUCAAAAAGAUGCUGGUGGAUGCUUCCAAGAAUCCAGAAAUGGAUAAAAUUGUAAACAACACCAGAGGAAUCAUAUUUUAUAGCGUACCUCACCAUGGUUCCCAGCUGGCUGAAUAUUCUAUAAAUGCCAGAUAUCUUCUCUUUCCUUCUGUGGAGGUUAAGGAACUCAGCAAGGAUUCUCCGGCCCUUAAAGAGCUGAAUGAUGACUUCCUGUCUUUUGCCAAAGAUAAGAAAUUUUCUGUGCUGAGUUUUGCAGAAACCUUACCAACACACAUAGGCAGCAUGAUAAAACUGCAUGUCGUACCUCUGGAAUCAGCAAAGUUAGGAAUUGGCGACCUUAUUCCAGUGGAUGUUAAUCAUCUAAAUAUUUGUAAGCCAAAGAAGAAGGAUGCUUUCCUGUACCAACGUACAUUGAAGUUCAUUCAGGAUGUUUUAGCCCAAGAACUUGGAGACUGAGUUUUUGCCAUCCUUGGCUGCUUAUUUCCUCCAUUUGGUGUAACACAGUAAGUUCUUCUCCUAACAUUUGUUAGAGGAUCUGCAGAAUUACAAAGAUGCUAUGUCAAUAGUAUCUGCUGCUAAAAUAAUUUUCAGUACAUCUCCAACUUAAACACCUCUCCAACUUAUUUCUAAAAUAUAUUCAAAACAAAUACAAACUGAAGUCCUCUAAACUUGGCGAAAAGAAAAUGUGUGUUGGCUUAGGGUGACCAUGAUCUGUCAACAAAAUGUGUGUAAAUUCUCCAGCAAUUUGGCUGGGAGGGGAUGGGGAUUCAGUGGAAGAGAAUUUUCACUUCGUCUACAGGUGUCUCUCUGGAGCAACACAGCUGGACUAUGGAGACUGCCCAGGAUAUCUUCUUUUAGCAAAAAAAAAAAAAGCUUGCUAUGGGGGUAGGUGGUCUCAUUAAGGUAAAUAUAUGUCUGAGACUAAAGUCUUAUAGAGAGGAUCAGAAACAAUUAACUGAGGUGAUUAUUUGUUGUGUCAAAGGGGAGAAGAAGCAUGUGGCUGCCUCAAAGCUUUGGUUUACUGUCCAUGUUAAGUAGUCUGACUGGAGCCUGAAGAAAUUUAUCCAAGUGAAUGAAGGUAGCAUUUUGGUCUAGUGGCCCAAUUACAGGAGUUUUUGUAAUUUGCCUCUUCAUUUAAUAGACCACACAGAUUUGUCAGCAAAUAUGGCAUCCGUUUUCUGCAUGAGAAGGAGAUAGGUUGGUAGGUUGUCUUGCAUAGACAACUGUAGUUGUUUUAAUCUGUUUGUAUAAAUGAAAACAGAACAGAAGAAUUGUUCACCUUCUUGUACAUUUCUCUCUUAAUCUUAGUGACUUGUGACAUUGCUUUCUUUAGGACAGUGUGUAUCUGGUCAGACUCAGGGCAGUUCUGUGCUUGUUCACGUGGAAGAUAUAGAACAGAGGCUUAGCUCUUUUGCUUUACUCUUGGGACAUACCGAGAAGAUGAUACAUUCAAAUCCCUGGCUCAUGUUUCUCAUUUAGAAACUCUUUCUUUAGCUGAUUUAAAGAGGAGCAUUGAAAAUGCUAAAGUGGAGUAAGACAAAUGUAGGCCCUGACAAAAAAGCUGAUGCUUAGAGUUUGGAGCUCAGGUAGAAAAAAACUAAAGCAGGAAAAAAUUCAGGUGAUCAUAAGGUCCCACUGGAAAUGCAGAAGAUCCCAGAUGUUUUGGUUUCUUGAAGCCCCAGUGUAUUUAUUGGUGCAGAUAUAGAGGAAAACAGCAGUGUUGUCUAUUUGAGUUUAUGUUUAUAUUAAGGAUACCUUAACAGUACUGUUGAGAAAUAAGUAUUUUUAGGAAAAAAAAAUGGCAAUGCUCAGCCACUUUUUUUAAAGUCUUAAAUAGUUUGCAAUGUAGUUAAAAGCAACUUAUCUAAUUGUGGUCUCUUGCCUUCCUUUCUUUCCACCCCCAACCCUCUCUGAACACAAACAUAGGCUAUGAUUAGGCUAUACUGCCCUAGCUGACCAUUUGUUAAAUAAGGCCUGUAUUGAUGACAGGCUUAAGACAUCUCUUAGCAUCACUUAUGUGAGAUGGAUCUAAUAUCACUGGCCUUAAAAUUACUGCCAUGAAAGCUACCAAAGAGGUGGGACGCGCUUUGCAGUUCUGCAUGGGCUUGGUGCAGGUGCCAGCGGCCAUUGCAGUCCUGCCAGGUCCUGAGGCCACCUCAGCUGUUCCCACUUGAGAGCACUCCAGCCCAGGAGGACACUACAUCUGAAAAUGCACUUCUGGAAGUUGAGCCUUGACCUGCUGGAGUUGCAGAGUAAAAUUCACAAGAGCGGUACAGAGAACGUACAGCACUACAUUGGCAAAAAGAGCAUUUUUUCCCCCUGACCAAGAUGUAGGUAAGAACACUGCAUAGCAGUAUUUCAGAUAGAAAAUGUAACAAAACUGUCAUAACUUCUAAAGAGGUUUAUCCUUUUUACACUGUGGUUUAAACUUCAGAGUGUAAAUAUAUUAGAACACUUUGUAUUCACAAAGUAGAAGGUAUGUGGAAUUCAUCGGGAAUAGACAAGACUUCUAGUAACUGCGUGUUUAGUGUGACAAAUCUUGUAUUGAUUUUAAUAGACUUCUUUGGCUUACAGGGGUUCAGGUCAAUGACAUUACACAUUAAUCUCAGUAAAUGCAUCUAUGUUUUGUUACUGUAACUGGAACUCUUAAGGCAACUUUCUCCUUUUUGUAACUGUAUGUAUGUAUGUGUAACUUUUAAAACUAGUAUU